ACCUUUAAAUUCUUCAGUUUACACUUAAAUUUUAUUUGUUAAUAUGUAUUUUGCUUUACAAUUUUUAUUUCAUUAGUUUCUGUUUUGAAAUUAUUUUAUCUUUAAGUAUGUGGGGGAUUGGGUGGGAGCAUAUGUGUCCAUGAAGGCACUCUGACCUGUAGAGGUCAGUAGAGGACAGAGACAUUGGAUUCUCUGGAAACUAGAGUUACAGGUUGUGAGCGCCCUCCUGUGGGCCCUGGGAACUGAACAUCAGUCUUCUGCAAGAGCAGUACUCACUCUUAACCACUGGGCCAUCUCUCUGGUAUUUGCAAUUUCUUUUCCCACUUACUUGUUGACCAUCAGCAAAUAACUGCUCAAAUUAAACUAUUGUGGAAUACGAUCCUAUCUAAAAUCGAAAUCAAAACAAACACAUAAAAUUUUAGAUGUAAACAUUUUUGCACCAAGUAAAAUAUUAUGCUCUGGACAACACCUUUUAAGUUCUGUCUGUCUCCUUAAGAAGAGAAACAGCAGCAUUUAGUUGCUGGGUUGUCUUCGUCUUGUGGUCAGUCUUUUAUCUUAACAGCUGCUUCUGAAGUCAGCAUUAUUCAGCAGGAGAUUUUCAAACUUUGUUGUGCUGUUUACCUUGACUGUGCUAUCAAACAAAAACCCCAAAUUUAGACUCAAGUGUGGGUAAUAAUCAUAAAUGAAAAUAAUGGUCAUUCUGUGGAAAUAAUUAAAAUAAAAAUUGAAGAUAAAACCUACAAAGUUUAUGGUCCUUCAAAAAUGAGGUUUGCUUUUUUUGCUUUUUAAAAAAAGAUUUAUAUAUUUAUUAUGUAUACAGUAUUCUGCCUGUAUGUCUGCCUGAAGGCCAGAAGAGGGCACAAGACCUCUCCUUAUGGAUGAUUUUGAGCCACCAUUUGAUAGCUCGGUAUUGGACUCAGAACCAGUGCUCUUAACAACUGAUCCAUCUCUCCAGCCCUGGGCACAACAAUAACUUACAUGAGGCUCUCUACACGUUUCCUCCCAUCUGGGGGCAGACCAGCUGAGGACAGUGAAACCAUGGGUUCAGGAACCAGGUUUCUGCCUGAGCCUGAGCAUCAACCUCUACAGACCCCAGUGGCUUCGGUGAUUCAAAAGAGCAAGGCAAAUGAGGCCACCAAAAUAGCCAUUGAUGUAGGUUUCCGUCACAUAGAUGCUGCAUACUUCUACCAAAAUGAGGAAGAAGUUGGACCAGCUCUCCAAGACAAGAUGGCUGAUGGAACUGUGAAGAGAGAGGAUUUAUUCUACACCACCAAGAUUUGGUCGACUUUCCUUAGACCAGAGUUGGUUCAUCAGUGCCUGGAGAGAUCACUGAAGAAACUUGGGCUGGAUUAUGUAGAUCUCUGCCUUAUUCAUGCACCAAUUGCUAUGAAGCCUGGAGAUGAACUCCUGCCAAAGGAUGCCAGUGGAAAAAUUAUUUUAGAUGUAGUGGACAUUUGUGAUACAUGGGAGGCACUGGAGAAGUGUAAAGACUUAGGUUUAACCAAGUCCAUCGGGGUGUCCAAUUUCAACCACAAACAGCUGGAAUUGAUUCUGAACAAACCAGGGCUAAAGUACAAGCCCGUUUGCAAUCAGGUAGAAUGUCACCCGUAUCUCAACCAGAGCAAACUUCUGGAGUUCUGCAAGUCCAAAGACAUUGUUCUAGUUGCCCACAGUGCCCUGGGAUCCCACAGAGACCCAAACUGGAUAAGCAGUGAUAGCCCAUACCUCCUGGGGGAACCUAUCUUAAAGACCAUUGCCAAGAAACACAACAGAACUCCAGGCCAGGUUGCCCUGCGCUACCAGCUACAGAGGGGUGUGGUGGUUUUGGCCAAGAGCUUCAAUGAGAAGAGAAUCAAAGAGAACUUCGAGGUGUUUGAUUUUGAAUUGACCCCAGAGGACAUGAAAGUGAUUGAUGGCCUCAACAGAAAUUUUCGAUAUAUUAAAUUGUCAUUUGGAGUGGAUCACCCUUACUAUCCAUUUUUAGAAGAAUACUGAGCACAAGCUGUUAAACAUUACAGAAACUUUCCUCUCUCCAGACAAUGUGUAUCUGUGUUGGAUGGAGUGGUUGAGAAGCAGGAUUCUUGCCUCCAUGUGUUUGUCAAAUGUUACAAAAAUCUCAAAUGUUUUUCCUGAUGAUUAAAAAAUAACACACAAAUUACAGAGAGUUUCUAAAAUAAAAAGAAUUAUUUGAUGUAGCUUUCUUGA